GCGACGCCUUGGGUCAAAGCCCAGCACAGAUUCUGCCGCCUCUGACCUCUCCGAGGGUUGUCGCCUGUCGGGCAGGGCCAGGACCUUCAAAGCUACGAUUUUGAGUUGAACUACUUAGAGUGAUUGUGGCCUUGAACCCCGUAGACGGCCUGUAUCUCUGCUGUUUCUGUUUUUAAUUUGUCAAAUCCGAAACCUGUCAACCCUGGCCGUUUGAGGCCAGAGGCUGAUGUUUAUUUUUCCAUCCUGGUACCAUGAACUUAGUAGAUGCCCAUGGGACCGAUCUGCUGGUUUUAGUCAUUUGUAAAUAGCCGUGGACAAAGGAGGAAAUGACAUCCUGCGUCUUUUAUUUGCCAAAUCUGGUGACCCCAUUUUCUACAUCUAGUUGUUUGUCAUCUUUCACAAUGAAUGCUGAAAGUUAUAACUUGUGCUCACAUUGGAGAUAUUUUUCUCCAACUGACACCCAAAACUAAAAAGAGCUCAGUCCCAAGGGUGAUCAGCCCAUGACCUAGACCUCUAGACAAAAUAAAGCAGGGAAAAUUUGCUAGAAUCAAGAAUGAUGGAUCCAUGCUCAGUUGGAGUCCAGCUUCGUACUACAAAUGAGUGCCAUAAAACAUACUAUACUCGUCACACAGGUUUUAAGACUUUGCAAGAAUUGUCAUCAAAUGAUAUGCUUUUACUUCAACUUAGAACUGGAAUGACACUUUCUGGGAACAAUACAAUUUGCUUUCAUCAUGUAAAAAUUUACAUUGACAGAUUUGAGGAUUUACAGAAGUCAUGUUGUGACCCAUUUAACAUACACAAAAAACUAGCAAAAAAGAAUUUGCAUGUAAUUGACUUAGAUGACGCCACUUUUCUGAGUGCAAAAUUUGGAAGACAGCUUGUACCUGGUUGGAAGCUUUGUCCAAAAUGCACACAGAUAAUCAACGGAAGUGUGGAUGUUGAUACUGAAGACCGCCAGAGAAGGAAACCUGAGUCAGAUGGAAGAACUGCGAAAGCUUUGAGAUCAUUACAAUUUACAAAUCCAGGAAGGCAAACUGAAUUUGCUCCAGAACCUGGUAAAAGAGAAAAAAGAAGGCUUACCAAAAAUGCAACCGCUGGUUCAGACAGACAGGUGAUACCAGCGAAGAGUAAGGUCUAUGAUAGCCAGGGGCUCCUGAUUUUUAGUGGGAUGGACCUCUGUGACUGCCUCGAUGAAGAUUGCUUAGGAUGUUUCUACGCUUGUCCUGCCUGUGGUUCUACCAAAUGUGGAGCGGAAUGCCGCUGUGACCGCAAAUGGCUGUAUGAGCAAAUUGAAAUUGAAGGAGGAGAAAUAAUUCAUAAUAAACAUGCUGGUUAACCUGUGGUAUCAAACUAUGGGGCCUUUGAAGGUCUUUAUUUCUAAAAUUCUGUUACUCUAAGAUACAUUUCAAGCUUGAUUGUCAAAUGACAGAGAUUUUGAAACCACCUCAAUGUGCAGUAAUUUUUCAUCUUCGGUGCUUUAAGAUUCACUAUUUGAUAUAAAUUAAAUAGGCUACUUCUCAGUAGUCAGUGUUAAGCCUGUCUGGAUCAGUAUACACAAGUAGAGGGUGUAGGCAGUCCUCACUUUGCAUGGUUCCCAUGGGCACAAAUUUCAAUGACCUAGAUUUAAACACCACCAGUUUCCUUACCAGGAAGGAAAGAAAACUGGUGAUGUUUAAAUCUAAGUUAAAAUUUUAGUUAGCACAGUAUAACUAUGAGUAAUUACAUGAGGUACAAACUUCUCUGCUAGUUCUUCGGUCUACAAAUCACUAUGUAAACAACAGAUAUGCUUCAUGGUCAUGAUCAGCAACCAGUCAUGUUACUUCUUUCAAAUUCUUCCAGUGGUUGGUCCCUGCGCAUCUGUUACUCGGUUCACUCACAGCAGAGCACGUAGUUAUGCUGUCUUUUUGUCAUCCACUUGACAUUUUAUAGAAGGGAACAAUUAGCCAACAAAGAUCAAAGUGCAGCAAAGCAAUGAAAAAUAGUAAUAACACUGGAAGUGAAAUUUGAAUCAAACAUAAAUGGACUUGUAGAAGUCACUGAUCAUGGGAAUGUUGUUCUUGCUGCUAUUCAUUCAUAGGAGCUUAGCGAAGGCAAACUUAUCAGUACAUGUAGGAAAAGUGGUUGCAGUAAAGAUAAAUGUGUCCCGGCCAGGUGCAGUGGCUCACACCUAUAAUCCAUGAGCCAAGGAUUACAGACAGGCCACGUAAUUGGGAGGCUGAGGUGGGCAAAUCACAAGGUCAGGAGUUGGAGACCAGCCUGGCCAACAUGGUGAAACUCCAUCUCUACUAAAAAUACAAAAAAUUAGCUUGGCAUAGUGGCAUGUACCUGUAAUCCCAUCUACUCGGGAGGCUGAGGCAGGAGAUUUGCUUGAACCCAGGAGGCAGAGGUUGCAGUGAGCCGAGAUUGUGCCACUGCACUCCAGCAACAGGAAAGAAAAAUAUGUCCCAGAAGAAGGGAAAAAUGCAUUAAAGAAUAUUUAAUGUGAAUACAGAAAUAUUUCAAAAGCACAAGCAAUAAAAGGGGGAAGCUGACCCAAACUUAAAAAGGUGGUAUGACAGUUUGCCAUGAAUAGAAAAGAUGCUUACUCAGUACCAUACGUUACUUGGCAGAAGAAAAGGCAAGCCCUAGUCAAACUAGUUUCUACAAUGGAAUAAAACAGUUUAAUUCUAUUUCUAAUGUUUUAAAUAACAUUGUACUACAUAAAUAGUUUUAAACUUUUUUGCAUUUUUUACAAGUGAUCUUAAGAGUUUUUAAUAUUUUAGCAGAAUUUUAAAGGUUAUGGAGCAGUCAUUUUCCCCAUUGAUUAUUAAGAUUGUUUUGCAUGGCUAUUUUUAUGGUCCCACGAUACUGUGCAAAGUGAGGACUGCUUGUCCCUGAAACAAUGCCUGCUUUGGGGAAAACUGAUUUGACAGAACUGACUAGUUGAGUGUUAAACUAUUUUGGAAAUAAUCUACAUAUCUAAGUGCUGAAAUAUAUUUCUCUUCUCCCUGCUUAUUCAAAUAAAAACGUUUUAAUACUAUAAACCUUUCAUUGUUUGCACCACGUGCUCCUUGUCAAAAUGGUUCUGGGGGACAAAAAAAAUCUAUAAAGCAUGAAUAUACACACUGUACAUAAACAGAUAAUAUACCUGGUAUGAAAAUUUGGGAGGUGGUUGAUUAGGAUUAUAAAAAGACUCCUUAGGGAGUGAUGAUGAAAAAGAGAAACACUGGUUAAUACAGAGAUUAAUAAGAUUGCAUCUUGAUGGAAAUUGCUUGGAUGCUGUUUGGAAGAUGGGGAAAUGGUAUCAUCUCUUUGCACUUUUUUAAAGACGGCUGUCAUUUUGUCUAAAAGCUUUUUGUCACAUUAGGACAUUGUCACUGACAUAGGUUUUGGGUUUUUUUUUUCCACCCUAAAUACAGUCCUUCAGUUUAAUCAGUUGUGCUCUUAGCAAUUUGAAAGAUUUUGUAGCCAUUAAAACUCAAUUUAUACAGCCAGUUUGAAUUGACCAUUAGAGGGUUUUGUUUGUUUUUUAUGUUUUUAAAGUAACUGCUUUUGGUUUGACGGAGUAGCUUGUUCAACUUUAGAAUUACAUAUCAUUUUUAAGGUUUGAUUGUACAUUCACCUAUUCACUUGCCGUAUCAAAAGUACAGUUAGCUUCCUUGAUCUGUGUGAUUUGCCUGAGCACUGGCAAAAAUACCAUUUCAGCUUUAUUCACUUAAGUCAGAUACUAGAUUUCUUUUCUCUAAGGAAAUAUUUUGUUAUUGAGAAUAUAAACACUCCAGUUUUAUCCAAACAUAAGGAUCAUUUAGAUCUUCAUUGUUUCUACCAUCUUUUAGUUUUUCUAAGUAUGACAUUGCUUAGGCUUUUCAUAGGGACAAAUUAAAAUCUUAGGUUUUUUACUUAAAAUAGGAAUGUUUGUUACGGAAUAAGUGACUUUAAAAUUGCCAUAUUGCAGCAUUUCUUAGACCUGUUAUUUUUCAAAGACAUAGUAAUAAGUUUUUCAAAGGAAAAUAUUCUUGAACAAUUUUGCCAAUAUUUGUUCAUACCAAUUUAGGGAACCAAACUUUUAAUGAGCAUACAAAAUGUGUACAGAGAAAGAUGUAUCUGAUUUACAGUAAAGCUGUAAUAAAGCUGUGUUUUGAAAAAAUUAA